AUGGCGGACACGGAGGGCAAAGACCGUGCUGAGAAGCUUGCCGCUGCCAAGAAAAGGGUAGCGCAAAUGCAAAAGCAAAAGGGGAAGAAGGGGAAGAAAGGGGAAUCCAGUAAACAAGCUGCUGCUUCAACGGAAGCAGGGGACAAAGGACCAUCUCCAGACUCCAAACUGGAGGAACCAGAUGCCGAAAAGCAAGCUGAGACGGAGACUCCAAAGGAUGCUGAAAAAGAUAAUCCCGAAGAAGCAGUUACGGAAACACCAGUUUCUACCGAAGAUCAAGUGGAUGAAUCUAAUAACAAGGAAGACAAAGGCGGGGAAUCUUUGCCCAAAACCAGAUCCCAUGGCCGCCAACCCUCGAUAUCCGUUCAAUCUAAGCUCCGCUCUUCGUCCUUUCGCCAGGAUUCGAAGGUUCCAGUGGUCAGCCCUGGCUCAUCGGGCGUUAAAUCCCCCACACUACCUCUGAGUCCUGAUGGCAGUACAGCACCGGAAGUGUUUAGAAAACAAGCUAUCAGGUUGGAAGAACUAGAGAAGGAAAACAAGAGGUUGGAAAAAGAAGUGGAAGUGACAAAUGCAAAGUGGAAGAAGUCUGAGGAAGAGCUUGAUGAUUUGCGUGAAUCGAGUGCUGAAACCGUUGAGUUGAAGGAGAAGCUUGCAAAGGCGGAGAAACAAGCAGAGGAAGUAGAAAAUCUUGUUAGUAGCAAACCAUCAAACAGUGCCGCUGUAUCAGGAAAUCCAGAUUCGCCAUCUGAGUUGCAAAAUCAACUAGACGCGAAGUCAACGACUAUUGAAAACAUGGAGAUGGAGAUAUCCAACCUCAGAGCACAACUGAACUCACAAUCUACCAGCUCCUCAGCCCACCAGGAACAAAUCUCAGCUUUAGAAGAGAAGCUGUCACGCAGUGAAAGCGCACUAGAGAAGACACAGAGAGAGCUUGCCGAUGCCAAACAGGCUGUAAGCAGAGCAGCAGAAAAGGCAGUUAAAGAAGGGGUGGACAAAACGUCCACUGAAACCCUCAUUAAGAGCCUGGAACGCCAGAUCAAGGAAACUGAGGAAGCUAAAGCUGAAGCCGAUAAAAAGGCAGAUCUACUUGAGAAGAAACUGCAAGCCUUAAGCAACCUCCAUAAGGAGUCCGAAAGUCGACAUCAAACCCGUAUGAAGGAACGGGAUAAAUUCGAGAAAGAUGUGGCUAUGCUCACGAAAAAGAUAACAACAACUGAAAACGAGAACCUAAGGCUUAAGGAAGAAAGAGACCGACUAAAGAAACGUGAGGUAUCGGGAGUUGGGGCUGAUGAAGGUCUAGAUGAGCUAGAAGACGAGGAAAGACAGCGACUCGAACGGAAAGUUCGGGAUCUGGAGGGAGAAAUCUUUGAUCUUCGACGAGGCAUUUGGAAAGAACGCAAACGUGAACUCUCUUCUCAGCAUGAUGAUGAAGGUCCCUCAGCAGAUAGGAAAUCCUUUUCAGGCACCUUUGAUGAUGUCGAUCUCACAGGCGGUGCGCCAGGGGGUCACAGCUACGCUGGUCGUCGCAGCAUCAGCCACAGGCCACAGCAACACUCAUCCUUUGCAACAGUAUUGCAAAGUGGCAUUGCCGCGUUCACUGGUACUCAAGAUCAAGAUAGAAGUCAUAAGAGCUUCGAUUACGGUUCCCAUGCAGAUCCAAAUGAGGAAUUUUUAGAUGACGAUGCGUUUGAUGAAGAUGCAUUUGCUCGUGCCCAAGAAGAGGAAGAAGCUAAAAAACGAGUGGAAUGGGCCCGAGAGAUAAAAGCAAAGCUGAAGAAUUGGAAAGGAUGGAGGCUAGAUUUGGUUGAGUGUCGAUAUGGAGCGCAGGGGGCAGGAAUAGGGUUAGGUGAAAUUUUUGAAGCGUGA